UUAGAAUUAGCAGAGAACACACUCUGGAAGUUUAAUGUACUUGUAGAGUAUAUUGUUCUAACAAUAUGUCAUAAAAUGAACAAAAUCUAAAUCUUUAAGAUGAUUACUGUUGGAAAAUGUCCAGAUUAAUUAUCAGGCUUCUUCAUCCUACAAUAGCCAUCAAAGCACAGAUUACAAGGGUUAUUCUCAGUUUCUAUAGGCCUACACAGAAGGUGACACUCAAUCCCACAAAUAUUCUUUCUAUAAAGUAAUGUUCUCUUGUCCCACCUUGUCAUUUGAAUAAAUGGGUCAGUAAUCCUUACUCGUAAAACACAUACAUCAAACGUAUUACUGGUGGGAAAACAAUCAUGCUGAAUAUGAUACAGGAAUAAUAGGACAUUCAUGGUGGGGUUAGGUAGGGCUAACCCUAUUUCACCAGCUGGCCCUGAUAAAGGAGAGGCGUGUCAGAGACAAGGGGAAGUGGGGGUGUGCUCAGCAAUUUAAAAACGAGAGGGGAGACUAAUAUUUCUUUCUCCCGCUUUCCUUCCCCCACCCUCUCUCUCUACCUUUUGGCUCUUUAAAAGCCGCUGUCUCUGGUGUCUGUCUGCUUCAUUAUCGCUCUGUCAUAGCUGGAGGGGAUUCCUAUCCACUCUGCCUUGCAUCUCACAACCCACAACUGGAACUGAGCAGAAUAAGAACAAACCUCAGACAACAGCCUACCUGGCAUUGAAACAAAUAGGAACCUCCUGGACUAUUACUUACUCGUUGUUGUUGGACAACGUGUAUCUUGCGGGAAACAUGCUUCUGUACCCUGACCUUCUGGCCCUACUGUUCCUCCAGCUUGCGCUCUCCAGCCCAUGUACACUAGCCUCCCGGCUGCCUCCUCUCAGUGGAGGGAAUCCCUCCAGUAAGGGCUUCCAGGUGGCCAGGGCCCCCACACAGAGGCAGCAGUCUGGAGAGCUCAGCACCAGUGUCCUGGCCCUGGGGGAGCCCUGUGGGGUCUACACUCUGAGCUGUGCCCGUGGACUCCGCUGCACCCCACCACUGGGGUACCCCAGCCCCCUCCAGGCCCUGUUGCAGGGCAGGGGAGUCUGCAGCAAUGCCAGUGGACCGAGCCCUUCUGAGAGGCCCCAGCUCACAGCCACACACCCAACACCCAGUGAAGACCUGGAGAAGACUCCAUGCCGUAGGCUGCUUAACACUGUACUUAAAGGUCUGCAGCCCCUGGUCUUCCAGUCAGACUGUGCUGAUAUAUAUAUCCCCAACUGUGACAAGCAUGGUUUCUUCAGAAAGAAGCAGUGUCGGUCGUCUCGGGGCAUGCAUCGCGGCCACUGCUGGUGUGUGGAUAAGAGUGGCAUACCAACCCCAUCACACACAAGCCCAGGGGGCACCCUGAUCUGUGACAACGCAUGAAAGGGCACUGUCCAGCCCACCCUAUCCUGCAGUCUGGAAUAUGGGCCAUAGGGUGAGGAUCGAGAGGAAGAAAAGUAGAGCAAGAUGAGGAUAAAAGUGAGGGAUAGAAAAGGAGGAAAAGCGAGGGAUGGAGGAGGAAGCACUUCCCAAAGUGCUGUAUACUAAAUGGCUGAUACAAGCCAAAGGGUUGUGUACCACAUGGCACCCUAUUCCCUAAGUAGUGCACUAUGUAGGGAAUAAGGUGCCAUUUAGGACACAURCAAAUUCACAGACUACACUACUACCUACUAGGGUUGGGCUAAAUUCGAAUUGAAGGCAGUCAAUUCAGGAAGUGAUUUAAUUUAAAAUUCAGACAUUUACAUAUUUUUUUAUAUAAAUAACUUCUACUUUUCAGUUUGAGAAGUUAUUGAAAAUAAAUUCACUUUUUUUUUAGAUUAUUCAAUUGUAAUUUUAGUUUACUUCCUGGAUUGACUGCCUUAAAUUCUAAUUGAGCCCAACCAUGCUAUCUACAAGCACAAUCCUUCCAAUUCCAUUUCUCAUGGUCAUUCUCUUUAUCCAUCCCUGUUAGUUUGGUCUCACAGCACCCUCUAGUGAUGAGUUAUGAUGCAAUACAGACCAGAAACAGAUGAUUUACCAAGUACGUUCGUGAGUGUGGACUAGAUGGGUAUGGAAUUGCUAUGCACUUUGUUAUCAUUUCAAAAUCUGUACUCUGUGCUAUGACGCAGAGUUGUGAGUUCAUUUUAGAAUCUAACUCAAAGUUGGUAGGCCUGUAGUAAACUACAUACACAAUUCCAUUUACCCGCUUUUUUCCUGGCCUAGUGAUGAGGCUUGUCUCUGAUGUAUCCACUGUCUCUCUUGUAACUCUGAAGCUAUGCUCUUAAAUCUGACAUUAUUCUGAUGUUUAAACUCCAGGCUCAAGCACUACUAGGGCACCUCCAACCUUUUUACUGACAUUGCAGCAGACAAAUUUUAAUACUAUAAGAUAGUCUUUUUAAACWUACAGUACCAGUCAAAUGUUUGGACACACCUACUCAUUCCAGGG